AUGGACAGCUUCGCGAGAACAAAUCUGAACUGGACGCAACAGCGUUGCAAAGAUGGUCUAGUUGUGACCGCUGCACCGGUAUCCUUAUCAAAUGCUGUGUUGUAUUUAUUUGCCCUGCUCUACUGCUUCCUGGGAAUCGCCAUUGUUUCUGAUGUUUUCAUGCGUUCCAUCGAAAAAAUUGUUACAGCAACCAGGAAAGUAAAUUUAAAAAAGCUUAAGAGGAAUCGUCUAGAAGCAGAGGAAAUGACUGGACCAAAUGAAGGCGUGGAAGUGCGCGUUUGGAAUCCAACCGUCGCUAACUUAACAUUAAUGGCAUUGGGAAGCAGUGCACCGGAAAUUUUACUUUCAACAAUCGAAAUUAUUGCUAAUAAUUUUCGCGCUGGUGACCUUGGACCAGGCACAAUUGUUGGUUCGGCAGCGUAUAAUUUAUUUUGCAUUACCGCUGUGUGUAUUAUGGUUGUACCAUCGCCGCGUGUUAAACGAAUCCGCGAAAUAUCCAUUUUGUUAGUAAUUUCACCAAAUGUCGUGGAAUUGUGGGAAGCACUAAUAACAUUUGGUUUCUUUGUUAUCUUCGUGGUGGUCGCAUAUCUCGUGGACAUCAAAAUUUGGAGACGAAAAAAGGAGCGUCUGGAAGAUGAAUUGCAAAUUGACGGCUAUGGCGAUGCUACCAGUCGUGCUUUGAUCGAAAAGGAAGCUGAUAUUGAUGCAUGUCUGAAAAGACUUGCUGACCUAAUGGCACCGGAAGCUGAUUCGGAACAUGACCGCCUAUGGUAUCGUAUUCAAGCGGCACGCUGGUUAGCUGCAGCUGCUCGGAAGCCCGAUACGCGAUUGGAGGCAAUCGAAGAAACCGAUCGAGUUAGAGAAGUACCAACAAGUGCAAUUCCGAUCUGGCGAGUCUGUCAAAGAGAUUCACGUGGAUCUGGUCGAACACGCGAAAUGGCGACCGAAUCACGUUUUCUACGUACACCUCAGACUGGUCAGGCAUUUGAAAUUUUAGCGUAUACGCAAAACUCCGAUUACCUAUACACCUCUGUGCUUACCCCACCAAACAAUAACAACAGCGAAGAGGGAAAGGUCACGUUGGGCCGAACAAGUGUGGCAAGCGUACGUGUCCCCGAUGACUCAGCUAGUUUCGCCGGUGAACCGAUGGUGCAAUUCGUCAAAAAUAAUUAUGUGGUGAAGGAGAGUGAGAAAUACGUGCGUGCAUUUGUUACUCGAUUGGGACGUCACGAUGAGUGCACGUUCAGCGUCCACUACGAAACCGAAGCAGUAACUGCGAUAGGUGAUAAAGAUUUCAAAACGAUCAGUGACGGCGAACUGGUGUUCGUUGGAAGCGAAUAUGAGAAAUACAUUGAUGUGAGAAUAUACGAUGAUAUGGAGGAUGAGAAAGAUGAAACCUUCAAAAUCAAUCUCUUUUCCUCAACCGGAACAGUAACAAUUGGGCCUCACAAACGUACUACUGUCACAAUUAUUUCUGAUGAUAAUGCCCUGAAGAAUAUAACGAAUAUUCGCAAACUGACAUCGCAUUAUUUAAGGCAGAUGAGCUACGGAGCCGACACUUGGCUUGGACAGGUAACAACGGAUUUGAAAUUUUUUUGA